AUGACGUCAGAGGACAGGAAGCUGUUUGUGGGCAUGUUGAAUAAGCAGCAGACAGAAGAGGACGUGUACCGCCUGUUUGAGCCCUACGGAGUGAUUGAAGAGUGCACUGUAUUACGAGGCCCUGAUGGAAACAGUAAAGGUUGCGCCUUUGUCAAGUUUUCAACACACACCGAGGCUCAAUCUGCCAUCAGCGGGCUGCACGGGAGUCAGACCAUGCCUGGAGCUUCGUCGAGUUUGGUGGUAAAGUUCGCUGACACUGAUAAAGAGAGGACCAUACGCCGCAUGCAACAGAUGGUCGGCCAGUUUGGCAUCUUCAACCCCACCGUGGCCCUGCCGUUCAGCACCUACAGCAGCACCUACAGUACUUACACACACGCGCUGAUGCAGCAGCAGGCAGCUAUCAUGGCGGCUUCUCACGGUGGUUAUUUAGCACCCAGUGUGGCGUUUCCAGCGACACAGAUCCACCAGGUGGGGGCGCUCAACAUGAACGGCCUGCCGCCCACCCCGAUGACACCUGUGUCAGGUUUGAGCUCUCCGCCGGCUAAUCUGGCCUCCUCUGCCAUGCCGAGCAUCAUGACUCCCAUUGUUAACGGAUUCAGCGGAAUCCCUCAUCAAGCCAACGGUCAUCAGGUAGAGGCGUUGUACACCAACGGCCUGCAGCCGUACUCCACCCAGAGCCCAACCGCAGCUGACACGCUCCAGCAGGCCUUCACAGGCGUCCAGCAAUACACAGCCAUAUAUCCUGCCACAACACUGACUCCUAUAGGUCAGACACUGCCACAGCCUGCUCAAAUCAUCCAGCAACAGCAGCAGCAGCAGCGGGAAGGUCCCGAGGGCUGCAACUUGUUUAUCUAUCACCUGCCACAGGAGUUUGGUGAUAACGAGCUAAUGCAGAUGUUUCUUCCGUUCGGAUCUGUCAUCUCGUCAAAGGUGUUCAUGGACCGAGCCACCAAUCAGAGCAAAUGUUUCGGCUUUGUGAGCUUCGAUAACCCCACCAGUGCUCAGGCUGCCAUCCAGGCCAUGAACGGCUUCCAGAUCGGCAUGAAACGCUUGAAAGUGCAGCUGAAACGGCCGAAGGAUGCCAGCCGUCCAUACUGACCACAGCCAGGGAUGCAUACGUGCACUCUCAGCCAUUAGGAGAGGUUUUGAACAGUUGUAGUCUUGACGUUUUGACGGAUGGAAACUUUUCUUGAAAAACUAACACACGAAAAAAAAGACUAAACAAAAAAAAACGACACAAAAAACACACGAAGAAGCAAACAAAGCGGCAAAACAAGCGCAUAAGGGAGUUUCGUGAAGCAUAUCGCAUUUAACGAAAGCGUGUGUUUCGCCGGCGAUGAAAGACUGGCGUGACGGGGGACGACAGCGACGGCGGAGACGAGGACGAAAACAAAUAAACUGAAAACUUUUUUC